AUUGACUACCGCUUUAGUGACACAAUAGUUAAUGGAGAAGAAACAUAAUUUAUCUACGAUUUUGUGAAUGUUCAUACUUGAAUAAAGUUGUCUGUUAAUACGGUUUAAACCUCAUUAUAACAGUAUUUGCAGAAUGUCCGACAAGUACUCCCGAUUGGUGACAUUUGUGAUAAACAUUUGUCCAAAGCCAUUGAGUGAACUUUUUAUCAGUAAAGCAAAAAAGGAUAAAAACAUCCAGUACACAAAUUUAAAAGACUACCUUGUUUUCCGUGAACAAGAUAUUCGUAAUUUGGAAAGACGAAACAAAAUUACCACCGAUCAGCUGGAUCACAUUUUUCCGCCGUACGGGAUUGUAGAUAUUCAGAAAUGGGACGUCACCUUAUCAUCAGCCCUAUUAAAAGGAUUAUUUAAAAAUGAGCUAGAUUCCGGUGAAAGAUUGUGUCUCGAUACAAUUACAACAAUUCGCAACACUCUACAGCAUUUUCCAAGCACCAAUUGUAUUGAAGAUGAAUUCUUUGAUUUAUCAUGGAAUGAUCUAACAAAUGCAGUCCUUUCACUAUCCAAUUACGCUGGAGCUCCCGAACAACGAUCGAUUGAAGAAGAAAUUAGCAAGGCUUUAACUGAAAAUAUGCCAAAUCUCGGAGACGUUUUGCAAACAUGGUACAAAGGAUUUACUGUUCAACUCAGUUUACAAAACAAAAGACUGGAGAAGAAAUUAAAUGAGCAAGCCUCUGAAAUACAAAAUGUGAGAGCUGCGUCUGAAAAAGGAAAGGCUAUACUUUUUAAAGGAACGAGAAAAAGACAGAGACGUUCAGGUGCCGCUGUAAAGGCUUUUAACAUUUAUGACCAAAAAGUGGAUAACAUGAAAGAGAAGUUCAAAAGGGGUUAUGAUAAGCCUUUCAAUAGUUCUGAGUUUUAUCAAGACCGUAUUAAGCUUAUUACCAAACAGCUAAAUGAAAACCACCGUGUUAUCGUUACCGGCAAUGAUAACGACCUGAAUUACAAAUGUGCAUUUGCUGCAAUAAAAGAAGCAAACCAAUACAUUGAUCAAUGCUUAGAAAUUAAUAACCCAUCUGACUGGGGAUCUAUCACAUUUGAGGAUGCUAAACUCGUUCUGUUCAAUGAGCCAUUUGGAAGGUCUAAAUUUGAUGAUAGAAAAUAUGAAGCAAUGCUUGACGAAAUCGACGGAAUGCUUGACGCAACCCAAGGAGAGGAUGACGACACUAUCAAUAUCGUAAUAGUGGCAAACCAAAAGCACCUGAAAGAAGCGACAGAUCGAAGUGAUCAUGAGAUGUUAUCCACAUCAUCUGUUGUUGAAAUCGAUUACAGCAACAUAGACGAUAAGACUCUUGUUGUAGAUGAUACCAUACACAGGAAUUUACUUGAUAUGGCUAAGACUUUCAAAAAAUCAUACAUACCAAAGGAAGUUGACAGUCAAGCUAAAGAAAAGGCGAAACGACUCUUCAUAGAUGAGAGCAUGGUGGUUAUCGUUGGACCAACUGGAAGUGGAAAAACAAGCAUUUCCUUUGAGUUGUUAUCUUCAUAUGACCUAAGCAAUGGAGAAGAUAAUUUUGUCGUUAUCGCCGAUCCAAGCGAGUUGAAGUUUGUAAAUCUUUCGCUGCAUCCUGUGAUUAUCAUCAAGUCAUUGUGUGGAGUGAAGUUUAACCAUGCUGAAGUGCACAGGUGGUAUAACCAGUUAGACAGAUUGUAUGCAGCUGUUAAGAGAAAUCAGAUAGCCGUUAUCAUAACGAUAGAUUCAAAUGUAUUCCAAAUGAUUCAAUCACAUAUGCCACCACAUCAACUAUUGGCACAUACUGUUACAUUGACCAGCAAUACUGUCAACGAAAGAGAAAAUGGAAGUAAAGAUACAAUUGAUUGUGAAGUACAGACUGACGACAUAAGUUUGUACACAAUACCGGAGGGAAAUUCAACACAAGCUGCUACAACUGUUGGUGAAAAUGAUUUAAGGUCUGUAAAAGGUUUUCGAGAAUAUAAAAUGUCUCCUUUAACGUUAUUACCUAAGCGUUGUAGGAUUAUCAGUUUUUCUAUCUUACCUUCUGGAGAAAUUUUGUUUAUUGAGUAUUCAGGUAAACUUAUAAAACUGAACACAAAUUUUAAAGUAAUCAGUACCUUACAAAUAGAUAUUGGUUUGUUGCGUUCAUGUGUAUGUUACACUGGGAAAGAUAUUGCUGUAGUAUUGAAUCAGGAUCAGCUUAUGUUUGUAAAUAUCAAAGAAGAUGUGUCACUGAUAAAUUCACGAAGUAUAUCUCACAAAUGUUACUCAUUAGCUUGUUAUAAUGACAAACUUUAUGCUAUAGACAAAUGUUCAGUGUUUGUUUAUUCAACUGAUGGUGAUUUUCUGAAAGAUCUUUAUGAGUCAAGACACACAAUGCUCGAAUACAUUGACAUUGCAGUGAGAAAUGACGGAAGUAUGAUAUUUAUUAUGACCGAUGCGAAAAAACUUAUAACUCUCGACAACUUUGGUAACACUUUAUUCAUGUUAGACAUUCCUGAUAUUGAAGGUGUAUUUAUAGGAAAUCAGAUACGUUUAUGUGUAGGUUUUCAGGAUAACGUCUUCAUAUUUGGUGACAUUCAAAAGGGAAGUAAUCAGAAAAAGAUUGUACAAGUUCAUCCUGGUUCAAGGUCUUGCAGAGUUAUUUUACAAUUCGAAAGUGAGGCUGAUUAUUAUGCAAUGCAAUAUGAUUUUGACAAAUGUGCAGUUAUGUUAGCAGGAAACUCAAAUAUGUUAACAGUUUUAGAACUACGUUGACAUUGUCUGUA